ACAUGUGUCUCACCCAAAAAAAAAGCCAUUAGCAAUUGCACACACCCAACUCCCAGUUACCCAUUAUAAUCCAGUAUGGAUCUCUUACACACAACACUCAUUCCUGCUCUGUUUGAAUUCUCCAUCUUCUAGGGUUUUCAACUGCUAGACUAGGAAGUGGAAGGAAGAUAGGAGGACCGUGUGCUCUGAUAUGAUUUGAAUUGCCAGUCCGGAUCGAGAUUUGCCCCGGUCAAUCGUCACGAAAUGGCUGGGUUCAUUCCAUUAGGAGGAGCUGCUAGAUCAGCAGGAGGAGAAGGAGGAGGAAGAGGAGAUCAGCAGAUCAACCACCCCCAAGCCACGGCCGCCGCUGAAAUUCCUUGGUUCUGGUACUCGAGAAGCGACACGGACGACGUCGGGACGUCUUCGACUUUCAAGGGUACGGAGCUAUGGCAUCAAACACAACCGCAACCCCAACAACAGCUGCACUUCUUCUCACAGCAGCAGCAGGAUCUCUACGCAUCAGCCGCGGGCCUCAGGGUUGGGAGCAGCAGAGGCGAUGGCGGCAGCGGCAGCCGCAGUGCCUCAGCCAACGUGUUCUCAGACGAGAGCUCGAGAUCGAGAUCAGAAGGAGGCUUCACGACGUUGACCUUGGCGGCGACAAUGGGUGGAGGCAUGAGAGAGGGGAUCAGCUGCCAGGACUGCGGCAACCAGGCCAAAAAGGACUGCCCGCACUUGCGCUGCCGGACAUGCUGCAAGAGCCGCGGAUUUGAGUGCACGAACCACGUGAAGAGCACGUGGGUCCCCGCGGCAAAGCGGCGGGAGCGGCAGCACCAGCUCGCCGCCGUAAGGGAGCACCACCACCACCAGCAGGAGCAGAGGCUGCAGCUCCGAGGCAAGGCCCCGAAACGGCCGAGGGAGGAUCAUGGGAGGCCUAACGCCUCAGGGAUGGAGUUAGUCGGGUACUUCCCAGCCGACCUGAGCUCUCCGGCGAUGUUCCAGUGCGUGAAAGUGAGCUCUGGCGACAACCCCGACGAGCAGUUCGCGUAUCAGACGGCCGUGAACAUCGGAGGUCAUGUGUUCCGAGGGAUUCUCUACGAUCAUGGACCAGAUCACCCCACCUACACCAAUGUGGUUACCAGAGACGACUCCUCCUGUGGUGGUGGUGGUGGUGGUGGACUAGUUCAGCCUCUUGACCUCAUAGCUGCUGCAGCCACCGCAGCCGCGUACCCCAUCACCAAUGCAGCAAGUGUGCACGCGUCGUCCACGAUGACGGCCCCGUUCUUCGACCCGCUCAGCACAUACAUGGCUGGUACGCAAUUCUUCCGACACUCCUAGUGUGGCUGGGACAUCCAAAACUAGUGCGAGAAAGUAAGAUGAUGCUUGCGUCCCCGCGGGAUCGGAUCUCUUCCACAGAGAGUCCGUCGGGAGCGUUGCUUCUCAAAUGGCUUCAUCCGGUGCUAGCGGUUAUAGCAUUUUUCCUAUGAGCAAGCGAAAUUUUUCUCCUUAAAGGCAUCAUCAUGAUAUGUCCCGGCCGCCCCGGAUCUCAAACUCAUCACUUCGUGUGCGCAUCGCCGCUCUCAGGGUUGUCCUACCAAAUCUUAUAGGAUGAAAAAAGUCUCACUAAUCAGUGUUACACGAAUAUUUUUGCACAAGCAUGAUCCUUCUCUAAGCAUGGAACUCAUUUUUGAUUGACUUAAAGAUUUGUCAAGCAGGAGGGAGAAUGUAGAUCCAUAAUUUUGUCAUUUCAUAUUUGUGGAAGAAGUAACUACAUUAUCUUCUAGUA